AAUGGAAUUGAAUCAUGUCAGAAGUCUUCCCUUCUGAAUAAAAUGUCAAUAAAGUCACUUUCUGAGAGAGAACGACAAUCGAUGUUCUGAGUAAAAAUAAAAUGAAAUAAAAUAAAAGAUAAGAACAACAAUGUCAGUUCGAUUCCCCAUGACAUCCUUCGAUUAGAACAGAGGAAAGCAUCGAUAUCAAAGGAAGAAGAAGAUCAGUUCUAAGCAGAUGGAGAUUGCAGGUGUUGUUGCUGGCAUAUUGAAUUUUCUGUCCCCAGUGAGCUCGGUGUGUGGAGAACUUUCCCAACAAUUCAAGCACGUGACAAGAUUGAAUAAUGAAGCCGACAAACUGAGGAGCAGGAUGAGAGAACUUAACAGUCGUGACAAUGAUAUAGGCUCAGAGUUAGAGAUUGCUGAAUUCACCAGAUUGAGGAAGCCAAAGAGUGAAGUGCAGCUGUGCCUCGUGAAUGUCCAACAGAUGAAUGCUUAAGUUGAAACGAUAGAAUCUGAAGUCGAUAAGGAACUGAAAAAGUGUAUACCCAACUGUUUUUUGAGAGUACGGGGAGAAGAUCGUGAAGAAGAUCAGAUAUGUAGAAAACUAAAAGGAGAGUGACCGGUUUCCUGAUGGAUUGUUACUUGAUCUUUCAGCCAAGCAUGGGAAGAUGUUGUCUGCAGAGAAGUUGAUCGGAGAAAUUGCAGCCGAGAUAAAUCUCUAGGUGAUCUGGGAAUCCUUAAUGGGCGAUGAUUUGGGAAAGAUCGGAGUUUAUGGGAUGGGAGGAGUGGGAAAAACGACCCUCAUGAUGCAUGUAAAUAAUUGUCUCGUGUGGAGCAAUUCCAUUGGUUCUGUUAUAUGGGUAAAAGCUUUAUACUUAAGAAGCUGCAAUCUGAUAUUGCUAGGACUUUGAAGCUUGAUCCAUUCCUUGAGGAUGAGGAUGAAACUGGAUGAGCGGUUAAGUUGUUGAACUUUAGGCAGAAGAAAAAGUUUGUUCUCAUCUUAGACGAUAUGUGGACAGCGUAUCCUCUCUAUAAGAUCUGAAUUCCCGAACCAAGCAGUCGAACGGCUGCAAAAUAGUGCUAACCACUCGGUUACUGGAAGUCUGCAGGGGAGUGGAGGUUCAAAGAGUGGUUAAAGUCGAUCUUCUCUCAAAGGAGGAGGCGUGGAAUCUGUUCAGAGAUCGAGUCGGACUUGGCUGCAGUAUUGCAUUUGGGCCUGAAGCAUAGAAGAACGCUAAACUCAUUGCAGAAGAAUGCGGGCGUCUCCCUCUUGCCAUCAUCACAGUAGGAGCAGCCAUGAGAGAAGUGGAAGAUAGAAGGGAAUGGAGAAAUGCUUUGCUCGAGCUGAGGAGGAGCUCAAAAAACGAGAUAAGGGGUAUCGAGAGCGAAGUCUUUGAACACGGGAAGUUCAGUUACAGUAGCUUAAGAAAUGACAUGGUUCGAGAGUGUUUCUUGUACUGUGCUUUAUUUCCCGACAACUACAGAAUCAAUCUCUCAGAGCUGAUCGAGUAUUGGGUUGCAGGAGGCCUGAUUGGUGACUACCCGAACAGGGAAGCGGAGAAUGACGAGUGUUCUGUUAUCAUCAAUGAACUGAAGAACGCCCGUUUUUUAGAGACAGCUUUUAACGAGAACAGUGCAGAAUGCAUGAAGAUGCACAAUAUCGAGAGGGACAUGGCCAUUAACAUUACGAGAGUGCAGAAUCGGUUUAUCGUCAAACCCGGGAUUGGCUUAAACAAGCCGUUGCAGGGAGAAGAAUGGAGUAAUAAUUUCGAAAGGAUAUCAUUGAUGAAAAAUAACAUUCCUGUUCUGCUGGGAGAACCAAGGUGUCCGAAGCUGACGACUUUGUUGGUUCAGGAAAACCAUGCCCUGAAGAACAUCUCGAGUUGCUUUUUCGGUCACUUGCCUGCACUGAAGGUCCUAGAUAUGUCCCGCACUGGCUUAGAAGUUCUUCCUGUGUCUGUCUCUGAAUUGAUAAAUUUGCGCUCCUUGGUUCUAAGGGAUUGCACGAGAUUAAAGCAGCAGCCAUCAUCGUUUGAGAAGCUCAAGGACUUGAUGGUACUCAACCUCUCAAACACAGGGAUUGAAAUUUUGCCAAGCGAGAUGGGAAAUUUGAGAAAUCUCAGGACCCUCAACCUUUGCCAAGCGAGAUGGGAAAUUUGAGAAAUCUCAGGACCCUCAACCUAUCUCAGACAAAAAAUUUAAAUCUGGUGGCUGGAGGGAUCUUUUCCAAGCUCACCCUUCUCGAGGACCUUUCGAUGCUCGGGAGCAGGUGGAGAUGGCCUGCAAGAUCAGACAAUAUAGAAGCCACUGUGGAAGAACUCACAAUCGUUGAUCACUUAGUGAGUCUCAACAUUGAAUUCCUAGACUUGGAAGCCCCUGAGAGUAACGUAAAUUCAGGGCACUGGGGGGUUCUAAAGGAAUUCCACUUUCGGGUCGGUUUAGAAAUCUCAACCCUUUUCCAUGUGCAAUUGCAGAAGCGAAGCAUCGAGAUCAGCAACAGCCUUGGUGGCCUAUCCUUUCUUCCUAAGAACACACUUGAACUUUCUAUAAAGGACUGCCACGAUAUCACUCGUAUGUGUCCUUUGAUGCUGAUGGACUUAAACCAGUUGACAGAUUUCUCUUUCAGCAGGUGCAAUCAGUUGGAGUAUAUCUUCCCGGGAAAACAGCGAAAUCUUCUAAAAAGUUUGGAAUCUCUGUGGCUCUGGGAGCUUCCCAAUCUUAAGUGGCUCUGAAAACAUUUCCUGUAUUUCGCACCGAUCAUUGUUCACAGCAAAAUGAAAAGGAUGGACUCAAUCUGAGCAUGAGAAAGUGUUUCCAUCAAGAUCAUGUUGAAGCACUCUUGCCCCCAAGAGCGAGGAGCCGAGGACCUCUUCCUUUGGGAGAAUCGGACAUAUCCAAUGAAUAGGGUCAAGGAACUUUUGUCUCGAUAACAGGAGAGCAUAUAACUGUGCAGAUUCACUAGCAAAUUAAGCUCUCGAGUUGCCGCUAAUGGUGCAUAAGACCUCUCAUCAUUGUCAGUACAUCAAGGAUAUAUUUGUCACUAUUCAGCAAUCUCAUAAUUCUUGAUUUGUGAA